AUGAAAAUAUAUAGACAACACACGCGCGAGAUUCCAAGCCAGGAAUCAUUUUCUCCUUCCCCGACUACGAACUCGAUGUUUAUCCCCUCUACUCCCCCACCACUCCUGUUCAUCUCUCUCUCUCUCUCUUUCUCUUGCUCGCUUUCGAUUCCGUGUCCACCCAGACCCAGCCACCAGAAACGACAAACGACUAGUUCUUAACAGUUCCUCUCUUGCGAUAUAUUAUUUCUCUCCACUCCUCUCGUCGUCGUCGUGAUGUCACAUACGCGGUAACACCAAUGAGUAAAUAAAACAACGAACAAAAACAACGCGUUUUUUCGAUCUAAACAAUCGGAAGUGUGUUUAAAACCUCUGAGGUGCAGACAGAGGAACAUUUUUAUAACAAUGCGUCUUAAAUAAUAUGGUGACAUUCCCAAACAAAAAUUCCGUAUGACAAUUCUCGUCGCUACACACGCAUUUUCUUACCAGUGAAUGUUUUAUUCGUGAGUUCGUGACAAAACAAGUUGGCUCUUUUCGAUCUUUUUAUGUACUUCAACAAAGUGAACCUUUUAUCUUCCUUGAUUUACAUAAAAAAGGCAAAAACAGUUUUGGCGGAGUUUAGUGUACGCAGUGCGCGCUUUCGGUCUUUUGGCCGCCGUUUCUACAUCUCACUACGCUUCACGGAUCCACCAGCUAACACCAUGAGUUUCGAACAGAAAGCAAAGAGAACGCUUGAAUUUCAUUGAAAGGCAUGGAACCUUUCUUUGGCAUGAGCGACAACAAUAUAAAUAUAAGUGAUGUCAUUGAAGUUAUCCAGACGACGGAUCCUGGUUUUGUGGACGAAGAUCAUUGCUCGUCUUCUAUAAAUAUGCUGUCAGGGGGUGGAGUAGAGCGAGUUAGACCAGUGGCUGUUAGCACUGGUUCUGUUUCACCUUUUGUAGAAAUUAUUGAACAGCCCGCUAGCAAAGCUCUUCGCUUCAGGUAUGAAUGCGAAGGACGCUCCGCAGGCAGUAUACCUGGCAUCAACAGCACCGUAGAAAAUAAAACAUUUCCUAGCAUAAGAAUCGUAGGAUACAAAGGACGGGCGGUGGUUGUAGUCUCAUGCGUUACCAAAGACCAACCUUAUAGACCUCAUCCUCACAAUCUAGUGGGCAAAGAAGGUUGCAAGAAGGGUGUUUGUACGGUUGAAGUAGCAACGGAAAACAUGACAGUGACUUUUGCCAAUUUGGGGAUCCAAUGCGUGAAGAAAAAGGAUAUAGAGGAUGCUCUGAGAGUCAGAGAGGAGAUGCGAGUCGAUCCCUUUCGAACUGGAUUCGAACACAAAAAACAGCCAACGAGUAUCGACUUGAACGCGGUUCGAUUAUGCUUCCAAGUUUUCCUCGAAGGAACGGAGAAGGGAAAAUUCAAUGUGCCUCUACCAUCGGUCGUUUCCGAUCCGAUAUACGAUAAAAAGGCUAUGUCAGAUCUGGUUAUCUGUAAACUCAGUCAUUGUAGCGCAUCGGUCGCCGGUGGAUUGGAAAUGAUUCUCCUGUGUGAGAAAGUCGCCAAAGAAGACAUACAAGUCAAAUUCUACGAGGAGCGCGACGGACAACUCGUUUGGGAAGGAUAUGGCGAUUUUCAACCGUCUCAAGUGCACAAACAGGUGGCGAUCGCAUUCAGGACACCAACGUAUCGUAUACAACAGGUAGAACAACCGGUGCAGGUGUUCAUCCAAUUGAAGAGACCGUCGGACGGCGCGAUCAGUGAAUCUCUGCCCUUUCAGAUGUUACCCUUAGGUUCAGGUAGGCCGGCGUUUUGGUCAUUGCGUAAAGCAUUUGCACGGAAAAAGGCGGACUAUAAUACGUUCAAUAAGAUACUAGCGAGUGAGGCGAUGACGACAGCGCCGCCACCGACGACGACGACAACAAUGUUGUCGAGCGAGCUAAUGUCGAUACAUCCGCGAAACAUAGAUGAGUACAAUAACAACGAUAUACCAGAGCCAGGACGUAAGAACACUAAGAUAACGGCAUUGCGAGCACUGAAUGAUUUUUACAAUUCGCGUAAUAACGUAGAGACGCCGAAUCCGCUCGUAUCGCCAAAGUUUAUGAGCAAUCCAAUCGUCGAUUGUCCGGUUAAAGCCAACGUAGAUUUUGGGAACAACGCGGUCGACAAAGGUGCGACAUCCGUGAAAAAUUCUCGUGGCAAAGAUAACGAAAAGUUUUUUGAACCCAGCAACGAUGCAUCGUCGAAGAAUGAGAUAUAUUUUGAUAACGAGAUCGAUCGUCGUUCAGAUUGUGGGAAUAUCCCAAAAGUAUCAUCCGUAUUGGCUUGUAAGGAGAUGACGAUGACAGCGACGGGAAAAGAAUCACAGUUCGAUAAAACGAGAACAGAUUGGUUCGAUUAUUCGGAAGUGGGCAAAUGGGUGGAAAGGAGCCGCGAGGAAUGUGUCGCUGAAGGAAGGGUGGCGGGGACGAGCGAGGAGGUGGAUGCGGAGGAAGAAGACAGCAGUAAAUCAUUGAAGGAAUUACUGACGCAGGUCGCUGAGUUGGACGAUAUUUACGAAGACACGCACGAGAAAGUAAUUCGUGCUAGUCUUGAGGAAGGUGACCGACCGAUGGAGAUCGAUGUCUGUGACAAUCAAACAUACACGAGUUUACAAAUGGCGUUGAAAAAUCCUAUGAUCGAAUUAUUCGACAACCCCAACGACCGGAAGUACGAGGACGUUGCGAUGCCUCGGACCGAAUUGCACCGCGUACCACCGAUUAUCCCUCCACCUCUCGUUGCCAAAAGAGAUCCGACGAGAGAACCGGAAGAGCGAUUACCACCGCUGCCACCGAAACGCAUACGUAAAAUGCCUUCGAUGCCGGUAUUGUCCCGUAUCUCUUCCUCGCAAACUUGCUCGCAUCAUGAUCUUCGGUCCUCCGAAGCUCCGGAAAAACAUCUGCCGUCGCUUCCCGGUGGUGAUAGUAGCGGUGGUACGUUGCUCAAACCUUCGAAGCAAGGAAUUUUCUCCAAACUGUUCGCCAAAAAAAGUAAGAAAGACAACAGGGAUACUUCCUCGGACAUCGCCAACAGUAAUGGAUCAUUCGAUGCUCAUCGAGACGGUCUAACAGCACAAUCGAAAAAUAAUAUCAACGAAAAUCCUUCUGGUUACCCAAGACCGAGCAUGACCAGUGUCAUGAGUCUCAGAUCUUUUGAGCUCAACGAUGACGAAAAUCCACUUUACGGAAUGGAACUCACCGAAGCCGAGCAUUACGCUCUUUACACAGCCAUGGCACCCCACGCCACCACUUCCGAAUUUGACGAAAUGUCUUUUUACUACAGCCCUGUCGAAGGCGGCAAAAUCUUAACCGAAGCGAAGCAAUCUUGAUUUCUCUUCGUUUCUUCGAGUACGCGCGCUCAUGUUUGUCCCAAUAGUGAUUUUUCUUCUCCUCAUUGUGAUUUAAUUUUAAUUGUUGAAUAUUCGUUUCUUUUAUCUCGAACCCUCUCUUUACAACGGAUUAGCAACCGUGUAUUAUCCUUACAAAACUUGUUAUCGAUCGUUGAGAAAUAUUGUUGUUUUUCUAUUUUAAAUCAAGGUCGAUUGCGGUCUGUGUCGCACUUUACAGCUGUCGGAAGCUUGUUCUUAUUUCUAUCCUGAUUUAAGAUCGAGAGCCUAGUCAAAAAAAUCUAGUCGAGUUUCGUAGUCGCGGAUUUAGAUCCUUUAGUCCGAAUCGCGGAGAUUUCGGUCGAUAGCUAUGCGGUAUAAAUAUCGAAAGGUUCAUCCUUUUUCUCUUACUCGUUCAGCUCUGGGCGAAUAAAAAUGAUAUUACGCAUACUUGUUUUCGUCUUAAGGGCUUUUUGUGAUCGGUUCAUCAAAUUAACCGAAGAAAAAAAUUGAAUACGAGUCUAUAUAGUUUUGCUCAUACUCCCUAUAAGAUAUUAUUUAUUAAGGGAAACAUUUUUUCACAAAUUAUAUUACCGAAAGAGCUGUUGUCUCAUGUGAGAAAGUUGGAGACAUAUUCGUAAAAGAAAAAAAAAGCUGGUCGCAUUUUCGGCAGGGAUUUUUGUGAGCCCGCCUGCAUUCACGAGUACAUCGCCUUAUAAAUUUGCCUUACGUACUGAUAAGAAAUUUUUUAGACAAUGUAAA